CCUCCAAAGAUGCAGUGGGUCAGAUUUCUGUUCAUGUGGAUAUUACCGCCACCCCAGGAAUUGGCGAGCACAAAGUCACUGUAAAAGUGGUUGCUAUUAAUGAGCUAAACUGGCAGACCACAGCAAUGUUCCGCCCCUUUGUGGAAGUCUGUAUACUGGGACCCAACCUCGGAGACAAGAAGAGAAAACAAGGCACAAAGACAAAAAGCAACACAUGGUCACCGAAGUACAAUGAAACAUUUCAGUUCAUUCUGGGCAAUGAAAACCGCCCAGGGGCCUAUGAAAUUCAUCUCUCUGUUAAGGAUUACUGCUUUGCCCGAGAAGAUCGAAUCAUCGGAAUGACAGUCAUUCAGCUACGGAACAUAGCAGAAAAGGGAAGCUAUGGGGCAUGGUAUCCUCUUUUGAAAAAUAUCUCGAUGGAUGAAACUGGUUUGACUAUCCUUAGAAUACUCUCUCAGAGGACUGGCGAUGAUGUGGCUAAAGAGUUUGUGAGACUUAAAUCUGAAACAAGAUCUACAGAAGAGAGUGCUUGAAAUGAAUACUCCAAGAUGGGAUCUUUGAGAAUUCACAAACUAUUAUUGUUUGACUGCUGCAUGCAUGUACAAAUACAUGGGAAUGUUUAUUUCACUACAUUUCAAUGUUUGCAGGUACUCAAGUACAAUGUCUACAAGGUAUGUAGAAACCCUGAACUUUUAUACCGAUGCUGGUCUUUGGAAAAUAAAUGUUCCAUGAAGUGCCAAAAUUACGAUGUAAAGUGAAAUAUCCAAAAUAUCUCUUAAAAUGUUUAUUUCAUUUCAUUUCCAAUCUCUCAUCUGUUAAACAUA